AUGAGUGAGCAAGCUUCGCGGAGGGGCGCACGCUGCCUGCACGUGACGGACUCCCACUGCCACUUGCACCCAUCGGCAUCGACACCGUCUGCGGCAGACGCCGGCGAUGCAGCACGAGCGCCGCAGCUCUCCUGCAGCAUCAAGCGCGCGGUGGUGUGCGGCACACACCCCAACAUCGACUGGGGACUCAUCGAGACGGCCGCGCAGUCAGCGGCUCCACCCACCGCUGGGGCAUCCAAUGACGUCAUCAUCCCCGGCUUUGGCAUCCACCCGUGGUUUGUGCCAAAUGACCAGCAGCAGCAACAGGUCUCAGACGACGCCGCCAACGGUGGUAUCAACAGCAACAACAGCAGAGGCCCUGCUGAAGGCUCUGCUCUAGCCGGUGCCGGCAGUGCUCCUGGAGAAGUCUCACAGCAGUCCGAGGCAGAGCUUCUGCGCCUCCUCGAGGACGCACUGCGCCGCCACCCGCGCGCUAUUGUGGGCGAGAUCGGUCUCGACAAAUUGCGGGGCCCGCCGGAGUGCGUGCAGCUGCCGUUCUUCGUGGCACAGAUGAAACUUGCCGCUCGCUACGGCCGACCUGUGUCGGUGCAUUGCGUGCGCAGUUUUGGCGCGAUGCUCAAGGUGCUUCAGGGCCUCGCGGUGGAGGAUACUCCACCUGCCAUUGUGCUGCACGGCUUCACUGGAUCUCUGGACUUUGUGAAGUCGGCAAUGAUGAUACGCAAGCGGCCGCUGGCACCGCUGCAUGGGAGCCGCGGCACACCCAAGUCACUGCCGCUCCGCCUAUUCUUUGGCGUGGGUGCCGGCACGAGUCUGCGUGUGAAGAACUUCGCCUCCAAGACGCUGCCAUUUCUGCUCCAGGAGCGGCGAGCGUUGCUCGAGACGGACGCCCACCACACUUUCCUGCUGCGCGACGGCGCUGAUGUUGCUGGGGCAGGAGGCGAUAUUGCGUGGAAUCGUGCGGGGUGCGGGCAACUGGCGGAGGUGAUAGCUCUGGCCGGAGGCGGGAAUGCGGAGGCGGAGGAUGCGCUGCUGCAAGGGUGCGAAGAAGCCUUUGUAGAGGCCUUUUCUCUGCAAACAGCAACAGAAAUGGCACCCGUAUGA